UCGCCCCAAACCCAUAGCAGCAUAGCGAUCGUCAUGGCAGACAGUAUGGAAGGUGUCGUGACGGAGGGGGAGCAACCCAAGACGGAGAAUGUUGAGCAGAAGACUGUCGCUGAUAUACGGGGUAACUUCACACUGCUCGAGCGCGCCGUGACCCAGUUCGAUUCUCGCUUCACUCUGCGGGCUCUCCGCUCGAUAUCAUCGCUCCGGAAGCGCCUGACCGAUCGCGUACUAUGUACCGUCAUCGUAUUGACAUACUCAUCAAGCAACGCCACUGGGCGGGUGCUCAUGGAGGCAGUCGGCAUGGACGGUGAGGCUAUAAAGAGUGUGGUGGCUCAGUACAAAGAGGAGAUCCAACAAAACAAAAGCAACACGAAGGAGCCAAUACCCGAGAUUGAUGUUUACAUAGCGAUCCUGAUCCAGGUGUAUCUCUAUGACCAAAAGGACCAUGAGGAAGGCGCUGAGUUCUCUACGCAGUUGGUGGACAAGAUUCGGGAGUUAAAUAGACGGACGCUCGACUCUCUGGCCGCGAAGGCUUACUUCUACUUCUCACUCUUCCACGAGGAACUCGACCCAAAGCCUCCAUCCAAGCAAUCCCCCGUUAUAGCUAUUCGCGGAAAGUUAUUGGGUGCUCUCCGCAGUUCCGUGCUCAGGAAAGAUUUUGAUACGCAGGCCUCCGUAACCACCCUGCUACUUCGAAACUACAUCUCCACAGCCGACAUCACCCAGGCCGAUCUUCUCGUUGCUCAGACACAGUUCCCUGAGAGCGCACCCAACAAUCAAGUCGCAAGGUACCUUUACUAUCUUGGACGCAUACGGGCGAUCCAGCUUUCCUACACCGAAGCACACGAACACCUCACUAGCGCUACCCGCAAAUCGCCAACGAACUCUGUAGCCACCGGUUUCUACCAGACUUCAAUGAAGCUUUUGAUUGUCAUCGAACUGUUGAUGGGUGAUAUUCCGGAGCGCGCUAUCUUCAGCCAACCACGCCUUGAACGCGCACUUGAACCCUACUUCCGUCUCGUGCAGGCUGUUCGCGUCGGAGAUCUCCAAGGUUUCCCGAAAGUUGUUCAGGCACACGCUUCUACUUUUCAUCGCGACGGUACCUACACGUUGAUCCUCCGCCUUCGCCAAAACGUGAUCACGACCGGUAUCCGCAUGCUGUCUCUCUCGUACUCACGCAUCUCGCUACGAGACAUCUGCAUUCGCGUUGGACUGGGGAGUGAAGAAUCGGCCGAGUACAUUGUUGCCAAAGCUAUCCGCGAUGGUGUUAUUGAGGCUACUAUUGACCACGAGAAGGGUUUCAUGCAGACGAAGGUGGCUGGUGACAUAUAUGCCACCCGUGAGCCUGGAGAGGCUUUCCACGAGCGUAUCCGCGCCUGCUUGACACUACAUGAUGAAUGCGUCAAGGCGAUGCGCUACCCUAUGAACCAACAUCGUUUGGAAUUGAAAAAUGCCCAGGAAGCCCGUGAUAGGGAACGCGAGCUUGCCAAGGAGAUUCAAGAGGGUGACAUUGACGACGAUGACGCAGCUGGUGAUUUCGAUGGGCUAUAG